CUUCUCUAAAAUUUAUAAAUUGCUGAUUUAUGUUUAUGCAUUUGUUUCAUAGUUUAAAUAUUAUUUUCUAGGCCUGCUUAUGUUCCUGAUGACUCAGUGGAAGAUGCGACAUUUAAAGAUGCCAGUGUGCAGACUGAUGAAAGCGUUUUUUCUUGUUUGCUAGACAGUUUGAGUCUUGCAGAAAAAAAAAUUAAAGAACUAGAAAAUUUGCUAGCUAGCAAAACGUUUUGUUACCAAGUUUUGUGCAAGGAUAGUGUUCUUUUUAAUUCAGUAACUGGAUUUACACCAACUGUCUUUGAAACAGUUUUUAAUUUUCUAAUGCUUACAGAACUAAAAGAUAGCUGCACUGUGUCAGCGAAAGACAAGUUUUUCAUUUUUUUAGUUCGGAUUAAAUCUGGUGUGACGAUUGAGUUUCUGAGUGCCGUCACUAAUGUUUCAAAAACCUCAAUCAGUAGGAUUUUAUCCUCAGUAAUUGAUUUUGUGUACAUUAAACUUAAGGCGAUAGAUAUCUGGCCCUCAAAAUCACAAGUAUUGGAGUACAUGCCGGAGGCAUUUCUACGCACGUAUCCAAAUUGCAGGCUUAUUCUGGAUUGCACAGAGAUAGCAAUCCAUAAGACUUCAAAUCCAAGGAUUCAGCAAUUAACUUUCAGCCAUUACAAAAAUAAAAACACGCUGAAAGCCUUAAUUGGAAUAACACCUUCUGGAGCAAUAUGCUACAUUUCCGAUCUGUGGUGUGGGGGAAUUUCUGACAAAAAACUUUUCCUGGAGUCUGGACUUCUCAACCACUUAUCCAACGACACAAUCCUUGCAGAUAGAGGAUUUUUAAUCCAUAAAGAACUGCAGAAAAAGAAUUGCAAUUUAGUGACUCCUCAUUUUUUAAAAAACUUGAUUCAGUUUAGUGUUGAGGAGAGAGAAGAAAAUAAAAAGGUAUCUAAUCUGCGAGUGCAUGUUGAGAGAGCAAUCUCCAGAAUAAAAAAAUAUCGAUAUUUUAAAGGCACUGUGCCAUCACAAUGUUUUCAUGAAGUUAACAGAAUUUUUUUUAUUUGUGCAUUUUUUACAAAUUUUUCUGAGCCACUAAUAAAAAUUGUAUGA